AUCAAAAUCUAGUUAGUCAAGAUAAUGUAUCUCAAGAAGGCUACUUUGGCACUGUUGAUGAAGUAACGCUGUGUUGUAUGUCACAGGUUCAUACAUUUCAUUUUCGGUUUCACAGACAAGAAGUAGUAUUUCAUACAGAAACUCAGACGCUGCCAUUCAGUGUAAGUUAUGACAAUGUUGAGCAGUAAAUCCAACGAGGAGAUCAAACGGAUGCUGGAUGAUUACGGAAUAAAACACGGUCCAGUGGUCGAUUCCACCAGAGCCCUUUAUGAGAAGAAGCUGAGAGAAGCCAUGUCUAAACACAGAAGAACCCAAGUUCAAUCCGACAGGACAUAUUACAGGGAAGAGGAGGACGUCACCUAUGUUCAGCAUCACAGACCUCAACUAUAUGAUGAUGUGAGCAACAGAACGUGGUCUGAUUAUAGAGGGAUGGACUACACAGAUGAGCCUGCUAUAUAUAGGACUCAAGCUCCUUACCAGAAUAUGUCACAAGCAAGAAACCUACCGCCAGAGCCUCAUAUCCAGAAAACACCUGAGAAGACGCGCCUGGUCCCAGUCUGGCUACAGAUAUUAGUGUUUCUGAUCGUAUCUGGUCUUCUGUACUUGGUUUAUAUAAAUACGGAAUCAGCAGAGCCUGAGAAAAGACUGACGUAGCUCUUCCUUUAGUGAUUAAACUGAAUGUUACAAUUCUAAAACAAGCAAAUAUUCAGCACAAUAGAUGUGAUUUUUAACAUAUUGCAGUGCAUUUUAACUUUCUAAAUCUUGGUUAUUUUGUGUGUGAUGUUUUAUCAAAGUAAUAGCCCAACACUGUAACUCUUUUGUGAAUAUGAAGGAAGUGGGUGUUACAGGAUGCACCUGUUGAAAGAUUAUUUUUAAGAUUUUGUUUGUUGGUCGUAAUUUCUUGGGCUCAUAAAAGUUUGAUAUAUUACAACUUCUACUACUACUAGAAAACGUUAAAGCCUUUUUGUAUGAAUUAUAUAAGCAUAUUUUAAAGGUUACAGUUACUGAAUUUGGUGUUCAUCAUUUUACAGUAGGUAAUGGUUUUUCCAUUUGUCUGGAAGCGUCACUCUUGGAUUUGGGUCAUCCUCUGAAUUAUAUGUACAGGUGCAUCUCAAUAAAUUAGAAUGU